AUGUCACCCUCUGACACGACGACUGCCGAUGCAACAGAGGCCCUCUCCAGUGCCGAGUAUCGUAAGCUUAUCUGGAAACUUGACGUGCAUCUUCUGCCACCGCUCUUCGUAUUAUGGUUCAUCUCGUUGAUCGACCGCGUGAACAUUGGUACGGCGAGGAUCCAGGGUCUUGAGAAAGACCUUGGGAUGAAUCCUCUGACCAACCAAUUCAACAUUGCAACUGUUGUCGUUUUUAUUGGCCUCAUGCUUGCAGAGGUUCCGAGCAACUGGUUGGUCAAGAGAUUCACACCGUCCACCGUGCUCUGUGGUGAAUGCAUAAUUCUCGGGAUCUUCACAAUUGUCCAAGGCCUGCUCAAAAACUUUGGAGGUCUCGUUGCUAUACGUUUUAUAAUUGGCAUCUUGGAAGCGGGACUUAUUCCUGGCUCCAUCUUCUUGCUGUCAGCAUACUAUCCAAGAUACGAACUGCAAUGGCGUGUGAGCAUGCUUCACGUUGGCAAUGCACUCUCCAAUGCCGUCGGCGGACUGCUGGCCUAUGCUGUGGCUAGCAUUCAGUCAUCAAAUGGAUGGCAUGGUUGGAGAUGGAUCUUUGUCAUUGAGGGGUCGAUCACAAUUGCCCUUACGUUACUUUGCUGGCCGUUUAUGAAUAACUGGCCAUCUACAGCAAAGUGGCUCAAGCCGAGCGAGAGAGCCGUCUUGGAAGAACGUAUUCGUGUCGACGGUAUCAUUGGCCGCAUGGACGUCUUGGACCGAAAAGCUGCCAUCCGAUGCCUCACAGACUGGAAAAUUUAUCUAAGUGCUUUCAUCAUCGUCGGCGUCAUUUCAAGUGUUUACUCAUGCACUCUGUUCGCACCAACCAUCGUCUCGGUUCUGAAGCCAGGAUCCUCCCCAAAGAAGAUCCAGUCCCUCGUAAUUCCAAUCUUUGUUGCAGCCUCAGCCACCACCCUGGCGUGUGCAUACAUCUCAGACAAAUUAAGGCACCGCGCGGGAGUUGCACUGGCCGGCUGCUUCAUUGCCGUUAUCGGCUAUAUUGUCAUUCUCAACCAAGAGCACGUGUCAGUCAAUGCACGUUACGGGGCAUUAUACCUUAUUGCUUCUGGCUCCUUUGCUGCUUUGCCUGGGGCUUGGAUACUGCUUCUCAACAAUGUUUCGGGGUCAUACAAGACGGCCUUUGCCAUGGGUAUGGAAAUUGGUCUGGGCAACGGUGGCGGAUUUGUUGCGUCGUUUUCCUUCCAAUCUAAAGCAGCCCCAUUCUACUGGACUGGAUUUAGGACUACCUUUUCACUUAUGUGCAUGGCUAUUGGACUAAUCUGCAUUUACGUGGCUGGGCUCUGGUAUGAAAACCGGCAGAAGCGAUUAGGGAAGCGAAAUCACCUCCUGGAGGAAGAGGGUGAUAAUUUGGGAGACGCCCAUCCCGAAUUCAUCUACACUUACUAA